CGGUGAGCCGGUGUCCUGGGCCUGCGCGCACCUGUGGGACCGUAGUCGCCACCCCGCGGGGAGCCCCUGGACCUCACGGGACCGUCAUAGUAGGAACCGGCAGUAGUGUGAAGGUGGCGAGUCUCGAGUCUCUGAGUUGCAAUUCCUGAGGAUACAGAGGCUGUUUUCUCAUCUCUAAAGUUGGACUGUCUACCGUGUCUAGUAGUCCUUGUCUUCCUUGCUUUGCAAGGCUCAGUUGACAGCAUGAAAAUUUGCAGUUUGACAUAAAUUGCUGACAGCUCAGAUGAUCCACAGUUGGAGGAGAGGGUUGUCAGCAAGAUGUCUUUUCUUCUCCAUAGAUUUUAGUAUCAAACAUAAUAAUGCCUGACCCCUGUGGAAUACUUGCCAUGUGGCAGAUGUCUUUAUAAAUGCUUUACGUGAAUUAACUCGUUUGGUUAAGGAUUCACAGAAUGUUAAAACUGAAAGGACUCAUAGAUACUAUCUUUUCGCCCCCAUGGAUAUUAUCUAAUUUGUCAGCUUUUACAGGUAAGUAGCCUGUCAUGUAGGCCCAUCACAUGGGCUGUGACAGAACAAUUUCCUGAUUUCCAUUUCAAUCCACUUUAAUCUUACUCUGAAUGAGAGGCCAAUACCUUAUUCACUGGAUCUGGCAUUUUGUUAGUUGUUACUCCUUUUGUUUCUGUUUUUUUUUUUUUUUUUUGAUCAUUGAAACCUGUGAGCAGGAACUACAGUUCAGUCAUUUUUUUACAUAAUUAUUUCUCUAACUUUAAUACAUAUUUAUUGUAGGGAAAGUGAAAUAUAUAGAAGAGUAUAAAGGACAAAUGAAAGUAACCCAUUAAAUGACCUAAGGAUCAGUGUGUUGACAUUUUGGUGGAUUUCUUCUGUCCUUUGUGCUUUUUUUUUUUUGUGUGUGUGUGUGUGUGUGUUUUGUAUAUGUCUGUGUAUUAAUAAUAGUUCUUAUUGAAUGUUUACUUAGUACUGGUACAUGUAUGCAUAUUUUUAUUUUACCAUUUUGUAUUCUCCAGUUUUAACAUAUUUUCUCAUGGAUAUUCUUUGAAAACAUGACGUUUUUAAAAGAUUUUACUUAUUUAUUCAUGAGAGACACAGAGAGAGAGGUAGAGACAUAGCCAUAGGGAGAAGUAGGCUUCCUGCAGGGAGCCUGAUGUGGGACUCCAUCCCAGGACCCCGGGAUCAUGACUUGAGCCCAAGGCAGAUGCUCAACCACUGAGCCACCCAGGCAUCCCAACAUGAAUUUUUUUUUAAGGGUAAGGAACUCCAAAUCCUGAGAAGGAAAAAGUGUAAUUCUUUCAUAAAAAGGAUGUCUAAAGAAGCAAAUUCUCCCCUAAAACUACCUCUUGUAUUAAGGGUGUGAAAGACUCAAUUAAGGACAUUCAUUCUGUUACCUUUUUUUUUUUUUUUUAAGAUUUUUUUAUUUUAUUUAUUCAUAGAGACACAGAAAGAGAGAGGCAGAGACACAGGCAGAGGGAGAAUCAGGCUCCAUGCAGGGAGCCUGAUGUGGGACUCUAUCCCAGGUCUCCAGGAUCACGCCCUGGGCUGCAGGCAGCACUAAACUGCAGCGCCACCAGGGCUGCCCUCAUUCUGUUACCUUAAGCUGCGAGGCUGAGGGUUAGUUUUUCAACUCACCAAAAUAAUCUUUUUAAGGUUUGUUCUUCCAGAACAGAGCUCUUAUAUUUAACAACCGUUACAUCUACCUGUCACGACAAAUUGUUCGAAUUAGUCAGUGAAGUCCAGGUUCUUGAGACCUGUUAAUAUGUACGUGAGCUAUUACUGUAGCAGAGUUAAAAGGUGUGCCUUUGGGAAUCUUAGGUUGAUACUAUCAGUUUCACUUGUGAGCUAAGACAGGAUCCCUGAGAAUUAUGUGCUGCAUUUCUCUGCAGAUUAAUUCACUAGAAGGUUCUCCAGUGCUCAUACACAAAAUUUUAUGAAGUUGUAAGAUUCGUCUUCUUUGCCCCAGUCUCACCCUAUUCCAGAGUAGUAAUCAUUGAGAAAUAAUCUUCCUCUGUAGUCAUUGAGAACCAAACAUUGUGAUAGCAUUGGGCAUUUUUUUUUAAGAUUUUAUUUAUUCAUGAGAGAUACACAGAGAGAGGCAGAGGGAGAAGCAGGCUCCCUGCAGAGAGCCCAAUGUGGGACUUGAUCUUGGGGCUCCAGAAUCACGCCCUGAGCUGAAGGCAGACACUCAACCACUGAGCCACCCAGGUGCCCAGCUUUGGGCAUUUUGUAGUGAACAAGACAGACAAGCCUCUUGACUUCAUGACACCUAGACCAGCAGGGUGAAUCUUAACCAGAAUUUAUAUCAAAAUCAAGCAGGAAGAUCCAUUGGGUGGCUCAGCGGUUUAGAGCCUCCCUUUGGCCCAGGCCAUGAUCCUGGAGUCCCGGCAUUGAGUCCCACCUCAGGCUCCCUGCAUGGAGCCUGCUUUUCCCUCUGCCUGUGUCUCUACCUUUCUCUCUCUGUGUCUCUUGUGAAUAAAUAAAUAAAAUAUUAAAAAAAAUAAUCAAGCAGGCAUUAAGUAAUUUUUCCAAAAUCAAAUUUAUGUAACUUUAAUUUGUACCUUUUUAAAAAGCUUUUAAUUUUAAUUCUGGUAUAGUUAACAUAGUGUUAUAUUAGUUUCAGGUGCACAGUGUAAUGAUUCAACAAUUCUCUACAUUACCCAGUGAUUACCACAAGUGUAGUCUUUAAUCUCCAUCACCUAUUUCACCCAUUUCCCAACCCCCCAGUAACCAUCAGUUUGUUCUCUGUAGUUAAGAGUCUGUUUCUUGAUUUAUCUCUCUUUUUUUCUUUGCUUGUUUUGUUUCUUAAAUUCCACAUAUGAGUGAAAUAAUAUGGUAUUUAUCUUUCUUUGGCUUAUUUCACUUAACAUUAUACUCACUAGCUCCAUCCAUGUUUUUUCAAAUGGCAAGAUUUCAUUCUUUUUUAUGGCUGAAUAAUAUUUCAUUGUGUAUUUACACCACAUCUACUUUAUCCAUUCAUCUACUUACUGAUGGACACAGGCUGUUUCCAUAAUUUUGGAAUUUUGGUUAUUGUAAUGCUGCAAUAAACAUAGGGGUGCAUGUAUCCCUUUGGAUUAGUGUAUUUGAAUUUUGGGGGUAAAUACCCAGUAAUGUGAUUAUCAGAUGGUAGGGUAGUUCUAUUUUCAAUUUUUUGAGGAAACUCCACACUAUUUUCUAAGUGACUAUACCAGUUUGCAUUCCUACCAACGGUGCUCAAGUGUUCCUUUUUCUCCACAUCAUCUUCAACAGUUGUUGUCUCUUAUGUUUUUUAUUUUGUAUUAUCCUGUUUUAACAUACUGCAUUUUCUAAUGAAUAUUCUUUUUUCUAAUGGAUAUUCUUUGAAAAAAUGAUUUUUAACAGUUACAAAAUCUAUCAUAUUAAUAUGCCAUCAGUGUUUAUUUGCUCGUUUUAUAAUUAUAGUAACAGUAAUUAUAGUAAUUAUAGUAUGUGAUCUUUGUACAUAAAUUUCUGUGCCCAUCUCUGAUUGUAUUUUUUCACUUUUUUUUUUUUCUCGGAUUAUAGAAGCUGUUUAUUCCUGAAGGAAAACUUUGAAAUGUUACACAAAGAUACACAAAAGACCUUUUGUUACACAAAGGUCUUUUUUUUUUUUUUUUAAGAUUUUAUUUAUUUAUUCAUGAGAGACACACAGAGAGGCGGAAAAACAGGCUCCAUGCAGGAAGCCUGACAGGGGACUCGAUCCCAGGUCUCUAGGACCACACCCCAGGCCGAAGGUGGCACUAAACCUUUGAGCCACCCAGGCUGCCCAAAGAUAGGUCUUAACACAAAAGUUUACCAUAAUCCUGUCCUUUAGAGAUGCUUAUGGUUAACAAUUUGAUACAUAUUCUUAGGGAUUAGAGUCUUUUUAAAAGAAAGCAUAUUUUAGCAUACAUAUACAGUGUUCUGAUGUACUUGAAAUUUUAAUAUCCUGCAUUUUUUUAUUUAUAUAGAGCAUAAGUAUUUUUCCACAUGAUCACAUAUUUUGAAGGAUUUUUAUUAUAGAAAGAGAGGGCACGAGCAGGGGGAGGGGCAGAAUGAGAGGGAGAAGCAGACUCCUCACUGGACAGGGAGCCCUAUGUAGGGCUCAAUUCCAGGACCCUGAGGUCAUGACCUGGGCUGAAGACAGACACUUAACUGAUUGAGCCAUAAGUGCCCCUCAUGUUUUCUUAAUUAUCUUAAUGUCUAUAUAAUUUCCACCAAGUGGAAGUACUAUAAUUUGCUAAGCCGCAGUGUCCAUUCAUAGAAAGAUUGUGUUUUCCAACAACAUUGCAGGGUAUUUUUAAUUUUUUUUACAGGUAAUAAAAGAAUUCAGCUUUUUUCUUCUUUGGGAAGUUACUUCUUUUUUUUCUUUUUUCUUUUAUUUUUUUAAGAUUUUAUUUAUUCAUGAGAGACAGAGAGAGAGAGAGAGAGAGAGAGAGAGAGGGGCAGAGACCCAGGCAGAGGAAGAAGCAGGCUCCAUGAAGGGAGUCCAAUGUGGUACUUGAUCCCAGGUCUCUAGGAUCACAUCCUUGGCUGAAGGCAGCACUAAACCACUGAGCCACUGGGGCUGCCCUAUAUUUUCUUUUAUUUUAAAAUAUUUUAUUUAUUUAUUCAUUAGAGACACACAGGGAGAGAGAGGCAGAGACAUAGGCAGAGGGAGAAUCUGGCUCCAUGCAGGGAGCCUGAUGUGGGACUCAGUUUUGGAACCCUGGGAUCACACCCUGAGCUGAAGGCAGACACUCAGCCACUGAGCCACCCAGGUGUCCUUUUUCUUCUUCUUCUUCUUUUUUUUUUUUAAUUUUAUUUAUUUGUUCAUGAGAGACACAGAGAGAGAGACAGAGACAGAGAGGCAGAGACAUAGGCAGAGGGAGAAGCAGGCUGAGAGAGAGAGAGAGGCAGAGACAUAGGCAGAGGGAGAAGCAGGCUCCAUGCAGGGAGCCCGACUUGGAACUCCAUCCCAGAUCUCCAGGAUCAGGCCCUGGGCUGAAGGCGGCACUAAACCGCUGAGCUACCCGGGCUUCCCCCCCCCCCCCCGACUUUUUUAAAAAAUAGGCUCCAUACCCAGCACGGAGCCCAACUUGGGGCUUGAACUGAAUAACCCUGAAUUCAAGACCUGAGCUGAGAUCAAAAGUUGGAUGGUUAACCAUCUGAGCCACCCAGGUGCUCUGGGAAGUUACUUAUUUAUGAGAAAGUUCUUCUUCUUCUUCUUUUUUUUUUUUUAAAGAUAUUAUUUCUCCAUGAGAGACAAGCAGAGAGAGAAGUAGGCUCCCUGUAGGGAGCCCAAUGUGGGACUCGAUCCCGGGACACCAGGAUCACGCCCUGGGCUGAAGGGCUCCCAGUUUUCCAACUCUGAAGUGUUUUUCAAUCAAAACAGAAGAUUUGUGGAUGUUGAAUAUGCAAGGAGCUGAAGAGAGAGAGCUUGGAAGAAAGGUUUGUCCAGAUUUGAUGAACAAGUCUGUUCCAGAGCAGGAUGCCUUUGAAAUUGAUUCACCAAGGAUAGGAGCAAAGAGAUUACAAGAGGAUGCAUACCAGGAUUCUAUAUUUGAAGAAAAACAUGCAUGUGGGAGCAUGAAGGAAAACUCUUCUGGAGAGGUUCCUGGACCAUGCCUUUUUCAAGAAGGAGGUUUUGGGGAAAUAACUUUUAUCCACAAGGAAGCAUCUCCUGAAACAAUUAGCCAAGAAUAUAAUUUUGAGAGAAGCUUGCUUUUGACCUCUAGCUUUGUUACACAUCUCAGGGUUUCUACAGAAGAGAGCCUACAUCAGUGGGAGACAAGUAGCAUAACUAAUGAGAUUUCAGACCAAAGUAAAUAUCCAACUCUCUCUACACAGAAAAAGUCUUGGGAAUGUAACGAAUGUGGAAAAACUUUUACUCAGAGCUCAUCCCUUAUCCAACACCAGAGGACUCAUACUGGAGAGAGACCCUAUGCAUGUGAGGAAUGUGGGAAAGCCUUUAGUCGUAGUUCCUUCCUUGUUCAGCAUCAAAGAAUUCACACUGGAGUAAAACCAUAUGGAUGUGAGCAAUGUGGGAAAACCUUUCGAUGUCGAUCAUUUCUUACUCAGCAUCAGAGGAUACAUACUGGAGAGAAACCUUAUAAAUGUAAUGAAUGUGGGAAUUCCUUCCGCAAUCAUUCACAUCUCACUGAACAUCAGAGAAUUCACACUGGAGAGAAACCUUAUAAAUGUAAUAGAUGUGGGAAGGCAUUCAAUCAGAACACACACCUCAUUCAUCAUCAGAGGAUUCACACUGGUGAGAAACCUUAUUUAUGCAAUGAAUGUGGCUCUUCUUUCCGCAAACACUCAAAUCUUACACAACAUCAGAGAAUUCACACUGGGGAAAAGCCUCAUAAAUGUGAUCAGUGUGGGAAAACUUUCCAAACAAAGGCAAACCUUUCUCAGCAUCAGAGAAUUCAUACUGGAGAGAAACCCUAUAAAUGUAAGGAAUGUGGCAAAGCCUUUUGUCAGAGCCCAUCCCUUAUUAAACACCAACGAAUUCACACUGGAGAAAAACCCUAUAAAUGUAAGGAAUGUGGCAAAGCUUUUACUCAAAGCACCCCACUCACUAAGCAUCAGAGAAUUCAUACAGGGGAGAGACCCUACAAAUGCAGUGAAUGUGGUAAAGCCUUCAUUCAGAGCAUUUGCCUCAUUCGGCAUCAGAGAAGUCACACUGGAGAAAAACCCUAUAAAUGCAAUGAAUGUGGGAAGGGCUUUAAUCAGAAUACUUGCCUCACUCAGCAUAUGAGAAUUCAUACUGGAGAGAAGCCCUAUAAAUGUAAAGAAUGUGGGAAAGCCUUUGCUCAUAGCUCAUCUCUUACUGAACAUCAUAGAACCCACACUGGUGAGAAGCUCUAUAAAUGUAGUGAAUGUGAGAAAACUUUUCGCAAGUAUGCACACCUUAGUGAACAUUACAGAAUUCACACUGGUGAGAAACCUUAUGAAUGCAUUGAAUGUGGAAAAUUCUUCAGACAUAGUUCAGUCCUUUUCAGACAUCAGAAACUUCACAAUGGUGAAUAACCUUGGUGUUCAGGUUAUGACAGCUUCUCUAGAAAGAGUGACCAGGAAUCUGGCUGGGAGCAGUGGGGCAAGGAGAGUUCUUGGAGGGAAGGAUGAAGGAACAUCGACCAUUACACUCAGAAAAAUAUUUCCAGUAGUGGAGGUAGGAGCUUGGAAAAUGCAGAGCCUACUCCAGCUAGGCAUCUGGGAAUACAAGGUGGAAAGGAAAUUCCUGCCUUAUGGAUAAAUCCUUGCCACCUGCCACUCCUUUCUCUUGUGACUCUCAUAUCUUAAGGUACCAUUUGUUAACACUAGUGUUGCCUUUACUAUACUCCUGCCCCACCUUCCCAACUUGUGACCUGUGUUCUGUGGCCAGUUGGCUGGGGUAUUUCCUAACAUUCAGUGUGAAAGUUGCAGCGGUUCUGAGGUAGAGCUAAGCAGCCUUCAGACAUCUGAGGCUGCUCUGAACAUGUCAUCUGUAGAAGUGUUCUCAUGAAGGGGAGAUGGAAAUAAGGGAAAAUAAAGAAUCCUUAUUCAUUCAUACAACAGAUAAGGGGAUAUGUGGCAAGAACUGGGCUGAUACAUUUACAGAUAUGUUUGCGAAGAAGGCUUUUAUCAGGGUAAGGGAGAUCUUUCCUGAUCCUUUCAAGCUGGAGGGCAAUUUGUGGCUAAAAAGGAAGGAGAAGGUCAAGAAGAACUUCUCUUGAAUGAUGCUAGUUUGUGGAGUCAGAUCUGCUUAGAGAGCCACAAAGAGGAAGGUCCAACCUUUGCCCAGGGGAACACACACCCAGGAGGGAAAUGAUGUGCUCUAGGCUGCUGGUGCUGAGGCCAGCACAGGAAGCCUGUGUUUGACCUUUCAGUUCACUUUCAUAUCCCAGCCCUGGACUAAGGUGUACACCUGUCUCUUACAAGUUUGGGUGGACCACUGGUUUGCAGGGUCCAGGGGAAAGAGACCCACCAGGGUUAACUAUGUCCAAAAAAUGUUAAUUGGCGUUUAGGGAGGAGAAACCAUUAGUGAAAAAAGAAGAUGGCCUUUUAGGUUGGCUGGACUUGGGGCUGCUGGACCAGUCCUUAAGAGAGUAUUGGUCGUUUUAGCAGGGAGAGCUGGAUUUCAUGUAAUUAUGCCAUUGGUGACUAUAAGCAGAUUUAUUACAUUUCACAUGUUUCUGUUUUUAUCGGACUACCUUAUUCUUGGAUAUUUACCCUUCCCUGCAGGUUAGGAGUAUCUAGGGAAAUACUCAUGGGAUAAAUUUGGAAAGUGUAUUAGAUAGGACUACCUCUUUUUAAAAUCCCUGAAUAGUACAGUUUGCCACUAUGAUAUUUUAUUCUUUUUAAGAGAAAGGGCAUUUCCCCCCUAUUUAUCUCCUUACUCUUUUUCAUGUUGUUUACUGUAACUGAGAACUGAGAGAUUAUGUGAGGAUUGCUUUUGACUAUUUGUAAUAAUUUCAAUGCCCUGAAGCUUAUAUAGUCUUUAAAAUAAUGACUGUUAAAAACAAAGUCAGUUGAUUCUGGAAUGGUCGGUUACUUAAAACUCAGUAUUAGUUUUUUUUUUUUUUUCCCCAGAGCAGCUAUCCUGUAAGCAGUGGUUUGAGAUAUUAAUCACCAUUAAUGGGAGUGUGGCAGAAAUAUCACUCUCUUCCUCUCCAGCUAUGAAGAUUAUAUUCUCAAAACCUGCCAUGGGGCAACUCAUAAUUGAGUAAAUUAAUUCCUUAUGGACAAAAAUAACCCUGUUAAAACUUUAUGGUCAUGAAAAAUAUUACUCAAAGAAAAUAUUGAUGUAUUUGUACUUCCUAAAUGAAAAUAACACUACAGAAUUUAUUGCUGGCACAUAGUAAAUGUUCAGUAAAUAUUUGUUGAGUUAAUAUAUUUUAAUCAAAUUUUGCCCACCAGAAACUUUAGCAACUUCCUGAUAUGAAGAUAUUUAUACACUACUGUCUAUAAAGUCUUGAGAUUAGAAUUGGGAGAGUUCUUUUUGGGGGGUGGGGGAGAGUUUUCUUAAGGAAGAAAUCGGAAAUCUAAGGAUGAAAGGUAUCUUCAAGUUCUUGUUAGAGUUUCCAAAAAUAAAAAAAAAAUUUUAAUCCUCAGGCUGAGAGUCUGAUACCAUUUUAACUUCCUGAGAAAACAGGAAGGAGGGAUCCCUGGGUGGCACAGCGGUUUGGCGCCUGCCUUUGGCCCAGGGCGCGAUCCUGGAGACCCGGGAUUGAAUCCCACAUCGGG